AUGUCACCAUCACGUCAUGUGCUCAGCCUUCGGGAGGUACGGCGCUCCUUGAAGCGUCAGCAUGAUCGUUGUACGGCAGCCGAGGAGGACGAGGCGCACCGCUGCGCCGCCUUCGACACCAUGGUUUCGGAGCGCCAUCGUCGGGAGCUGACGGAACCGAUACAGCUGCUGGAGACCUCACUGGCCAAGGUUGAGCAGCGCCUGUCGUACGCUCGGCAAACGUACGACAUGGCCGCCCUGACUGUUCAGCUAGACGAGCACCGGGCUCGCCGGGAGGCCCUCCAGGUUGCGGACAUUCAGGCUCAGUUGGCUCGGCGGGAGCGGGUCAACGUGGAGACGGUGGAGGCGAGCCAGGCCGCACUUCGGGAGGCGCGCUCAAGCCUGGCCCAGCACCAACAGCGCCAAGCCGACGCGCGACAGCGGUUGCUGGACACCAGGUCCCAGCGUGCGGCCGCCGCCAACCGCCUGGCUGACCUGCAGCGAGCCAUCGACACCGCCCGGCAAACACUUUCCUUCUUGGACCACGACCCCAAAUAA